AUGGACUACGCCCUUUGCAAGGCUGCCCAGCACAACAUGGAAGGCAUUACCAGGGCUGUCACCUUUUAUGACAUCAACUGUCAAUACAACAAGCACCUUCGGGUUUGGGUGGAUCAAAGCCAAUUUCUUGAAAUGGUACCGGAAUUGACCAUCAUUCCCGGCAUCGGUUUGUGGCACAUGCAUGGACAUCAAGACAGCUGCUAUGUCCAAUAUGUGUCGAAUUUCAUUGAAGGCAUUGGCCAGAUAGAUGGAGAGAUCAUGGAGACUCUCUGGGCACGUCUCAACCUAAUUUCUCCCACUGCUCUGGGAAUGUCAUCCCCUCAUCGACAGGAAUGUCUCGAUUUUCAGAUGAACGAUUCCAACUUCUGCAAGAUGAUCUGCAUGAAAAGGACCCUUUGCCAUAAAUACAAGCAGGCAAAAAAUUGCAUCGCUGAAAGUGAAAAGGCUUUCAACAGACUCAAUGAAGCAGCACCCGCCAAUUUGAAGACAGAAUGGUUGGCCAAUGAGAGGAUUGCUCAAUCCAGCAGAAUAAAUGAUCCUGCUGGCGAUGGAUGUUUACGAGAUAAAUAUCAAGAAGGCGAAAAGGAGAUCGAACUUAGACUGCUAGAGCAGGGUAAUGCCCAUAAUGCAGCACCAUCUUGGAGAUCUGUGGUGACAUGGAUAUCUAUGGGGUUGGCAAUCGAGGAGGCUCAAAUUGCAUUGCUCAUCGAGGUCUGA